AUGCCUCUGUUUGGUAAAAAAGAUUUCGGGCGAAAGUCCAAAAAGGAUAAUAAGGAAUCGGAGAAACAGCCAUCAAUCGAAGACAAAUACAUUGUUAAAGAUUUGCUUGGGACUGGAGCAUUUUCCGAAGUACGUUUGAUAGAGAGUAAAGAAAAUGGGCAGCUAUUCGCCUGUAAAAUUAUCGAUAAAAAGGCUCUUAAAGGCAAAGAAGAUUCGUUAGAAAAUGAAAUUAGGGUGUUGAAAAGAUUCAGUGAACAAGCAAAAGGCGAAGGUGCUGAAAAGAAGAUGUUUUCUCACCCGAAUAUUGUCCAGCUGCUCGAGACAUAUGAAGAUAAAAAUAAAGUGUAUUUGGUGAUGGAACUAGUCACAGGUGGCGAAUUAUUCGAUAGAAUAGUGGAAAAAGGCUCCUACACUGAAAAAGAUGCAUCCAAUCUAAUAAGACAAGUAUUGGAAGCUGUAGACUAUAUGCACUCUCAGGGUGUAGUGCACAGGGAUCUGAAGCCAGAAAAUCUGCUUUAUUAUAGUGCAGAUGAGGACAGUAAAAUCAUGAUAAGUGAUUUUGGUUUGUCAAAGAUUGAAGACUCUGGUAUUAUGGCUACAGCUUGUGGCACACCUGGUUAUGUGGCUCCUGAAGUACUUGCACAGAAGCCAUAUGGCAAGGCUGUUGAUGUAUGGAGCAUAGGAGUAAUAUCAUACAUUUUAUUGUGCGGCUACCCACCUUUUUAUGAUGAGAAUGAUGCCAAUCUGUUUGCUCAGAUCCUAAAAGGAGAUUUUGAGUUCGACUCACCUUAUUGGGAUGAUAUUAGUGAUUCAGCGAAGGAUUUCAUCCGACAUUUAAUGUGUGUUGAUGUGGAUAAGAGAUACACUUGCAAGCAAGCCUUGGCUCACCCAUGGAUUUCAGGAAAUGCUGCCAGCAAUAAGAACAUCCAUGGGACCGUGUCCGAACAACUCAAGAAGAACUUCGCGAAGUCACGCUGGAAACAGGCUUACCAUGCUACUACUGUUAUCAGACAAAUGCAGAAGAUGGCACUCAAUAGCAGCAGCUCAAGUCGCAAUGCUAAUGCACAGUCUAAGCAAUAG